UCGACCCCUCCUCCUCCUCUUCCUCCUCCUCCUCCGCCGCCGCCGCCGCCGCCGCCCCCCGCCGGAACCCUAGCAGGUCCCUUCAUCUCCAAAUUACUCGCUGCUUCCUCAGGAAAAUGGCCAACAAUGAGACCGCGAAUGAGCAAGCGAUAGCAAACAUGUACGCUGCGAUGCGCUCGGAGAUCAACCAACUGUACUCGAAAAUCACCGAGCUGGAGAUGGAGGUCAGCGAGCACGCUCUCGUGAUCGGCGCGAUCCAGCCGCUGGAUCCGUCGAGGCGGUGCUACCGGAUGGUCGGGGGCGUCCUGGUCGAGCGGACGAUCAGAGAAGUCCUCCCCGCAGUCCAGCGCAACAGAGAGGGGCUCCAGGAGGUCAUCGCUCGGCUCAACGAGGCGCUCGAGCGGAAGAAGCGGGAGGUCGCGGAGUUCGAGGCGAAGUAUAAGAUCAAGAUCAAGAGGGGGCCUGAUGGCAACGAGGCGAAGGAUGAGGGCGAGACGCGAGAGGGUUCGGCUCAGGGUGUUCUUGUAGGUCCAGCUGGUGGUGGGCAGGAACCCUAAUUUUUCUUUUUUUCUUUCCCCCUACUUUUUACGCGACGGACGGCGCAGAGUUGUUGUUGAGUUCAUGGUUUUUUGUUUCUUCUUCUUUCAGGAUCUUCAUGCUAUGCUUUAGUUUAGCAAAGUCUUUUGCUUCUCUGCAGAAUUUCUGAAAGACUGCCACCAUGUAAACUACUUGUCAGUCAUGUAAAACCUGUUAUGAGAACAUCUCAAAGCGGAUGGACGGUGCGUUCGGUGUGUUCAUAUUUUAUUUACUUAUAAAUAUUUUCUAAGUUGUUCUUGUGA